CUAUAUAUAAAUACAAAUAAAUAGUUAAAAAUUAAUAAGGGGAAGGAGGUUUGAUGUUUAAGUUGGUUUAUUUCAAUUCAAUUAUUGUUGAUCAUAAUUUUCCACGGUUCUUUUACCUUUCCGACGCCAUCUCAACUUCCCUUUUAGAGAUCGGAUAAUAUUCAGUUCCCGAAUUCCGUGUUCCCUCCUGUAUGUUGGUCUUAUGGUUCAUGAACUAAUUCUUAGUUGCUGAAUCAAGGGUUCUUUUUGAUCAAGUUUUCUAGGACUAAUCACAGUGCAUUAUAUUGUUCAGAGAUUUGGAGCUUUGCAUCUGGCUUUUUCUUGUGAAUUGUAUUUUUCUUUGUAAAAGUUAACAAGUAAGGAUUCUAUAGUUUUUUCAGUUGGUAGCACAUAGAGACACAGAAAGCAGCUGUAGGAAAAUUAUUUAAAGUUCAGCCUCGUGAUGGCUGGGAUUAAACGAAGAGCAAAUACUGAUUUGGAUGCCCAUGCUUUCCAUAAAGAACUGGAUGAAGUUUCAUGUCCAAUCUGCAUGGAACAUCCGCACAAUGCUGUUCUCCUCUUGUGCAGCUCGCAUGAGAAGGGUUGCAGAUCUUACAUCUGUGAUACAAGUUACAGGCAUUCAAAUUGCUUAGACCGAUUUAAAAAAUUAAGGGAUAAUUAUAGUAAGAGUCCAAUAUUACCUCACCCCACACCCAUAAACCCGCAGAAUUCUAUUACUUCUGGUAUGAACUUGAGAACAGAGUUUAUUGAAGGUAAUGGAAGUCGAAAUCUCAGUGAAAUAAAUCUUGAUUCACAAGAAGGCAUUGUAGGUACAGGGGAAUCUUUUCAGGGAAGAGCUGAAUUUGAAGAAUUCGAUGCAGGGAAUACAUCAAACUCUAGAUCUAGUUUGAAAUGCCCUUUCUGUGGGGGGAACAUACUCGGCUGGAAGGUUGUGGAAGAGGCCAGAAAAUAUCUAAACUUGAAGAAGAGAACUUGCUCCAAGGAAUCUUGCUCCUACAGUGGCAAUUACCAGGAAUUGCGUCGGCAUGCAAGGAGAGUUCACCCAACGACACGACCUUCAGAUAUUGAUCCAUCCAGAGAACGAGCCUGGCACCGUCUUGAGCACCAAAGAGGAUAUGAUGAUACUGUAAGUGCUAUUCGAUCUGCCAUGCCGGGUGCUGUUGUGGUUGGAGACUAUUUCAUCGAAGAUGGAGAUAGGUUGGCUGGUGAAAGGGAGAAUGGAACAGGUGAAGCGUGGUGGACUACUUUCUUUCUGUUUCAGAUGAUUGGUUCAGUUGACAGUGUUCGUGAACCCAGAGCAAGGUCCCGAGUUUGGUCAAGGCAUCGACGUCCUGAGCAUAGGUUCCUCUGGGGUGAAAAUAUAUUGGGUCUGCAAGGUGAGGACAAUGAAGAUGAUGUGCACAUAUUGAGUGAUGGCGACGCAUCUCCGAUCCCAAGAAGGCGAAGAAGACUGAUGCGCCCAAGAUCAGAUGAAGAUCAGUCAUGAAAAAGGACUCAGAUAUUUGGGGGUGGUAAAUCCCAGUUUCUUGACAUGGACUCGUUUCAGAUUGUUUUUCUUAACAUUGAUGUCCCGUUGUUGUGUGUGCAUAAUAACAGUCUUGCUGGUUUCAGAAGCUAUCAGCUAAGCUGGUUUACCGGUUGUUUCAACUGGGAUUCUAUAUUAAAAGUCUUACGUGUUAUUCUGGUUUUAGGCGGUUAUGCUUACAGUGUACUGAAACUCUUGUUGCAGCGUCCCAUUUAUGCAAUUAAAGAUAUUG